GAUAAUUCUCUUCGGUUAUGUUUUCUUUCGAAAGAUUCUUUAGAAGAUAGAAGCGGAUCUUUCGUUCUUCUUCGGAUAGAAGAAGUGAAGCGAUCUUUCUUUCUUCGGAUAGAAGAUAAGUCUUCUUUGGGGGUUCUUAGGAUUUCUUUAGGGAUAGGAGCGGAUCUUUCUUUCUUUCUUCAGAUAGGAGAUAAGUCUUCUUUGAAGGCUCUUUGGAUUUCUUUGGGGUUCUUGGGAUUUCUUUGA